UUUUCAAAAUUUAAUUUACAAAUUUAAUCUCCCUAGUAUUAUCCUAAGUUAAUCAAAUCGUAAGAAACAAAGAAGAAAAUGUCUGGUGUAGCAUACAUGCUGCAUUUGACCUGACUCACAGCAAUGAUCAGUCUUAACGUACCUCAAUCAAAUGGACAAAUAUUACCAUUAGAAAAAAAAAAAAAAAAAAAAAACCAAAAAGCAUCCAUGUUAUCCAAUCACGGAUGUCCAAAUAAGGAAUAUAUAAUCCCAACACGUAUAUGAUUAUAAUUAAGGUAAUUGUGGGAAAACCACAAAUUAAUUAAGCAAUGCACCUCCUAUAUAUAACCCCAAGUGAAAUUCUAAAUCUCAAUUAGCAAGGCCGCAAGGCUUGUCUAAAUCAAUCUAUACUCUUUUGUUCAUCUUUGUUUUCUUUGGCUAAUCUCUUGGUUUGUUUAAUUUCUUCAUCUCCACCUUUGAAAUGUCGGGGUUGGUGGACAAGGCCAAAAACUAUGUCGCAGAAAAGAUAGCAAAUGUGCCGAAGCCUGAUGCAAGUCUCACCGGUGUUGAUUUCAAGAAAGUGAGUUUUGACUCUGCGGAUUACAUUGCAAAGGUCGCUGUGAACAAUCCCUACCCACAUCCUAUCCCCAUCUGCGAGAUCAAAUACACCCUCAAAAGCAUUGGCAAUGUUAUUGCAUCUGGGAACAUGCCAGACCCUGGCUCGAUAAAGGCAAGUGGCACAACUGUAUUAGAGGUGCCGGUGAAGGUGCCGCACAGUAUUAUUGUGACAUUGGUAAAGGACAUUGCCACGGAUUGGGACAUCGACUAUGAAUUGGAUUUGGGUCUCAUCAUUGACCUUCCUCUAGUUGGGAACAUUACCAUACCACUCAAUAGGAAGGGCGAAAUCAAGCUUCCCACCUUAUCUGAAGUCAUUUGGGGUUCAAAGGAUGAAGCUGCAAACGAGGAAGCUUUAAAACAGGCUUCCAAAGAGACUAAAAAGGAGACUUCAAAGUAGAUAUGACUUGAUUAAAAAGCGAGAAAAGUUGAAAGUCGAAAUCUCGUCAUAAAUGUAAGAGCACAUAGUUUAUCUUAAGAAAAAGAAAGGUGAAAAUCGAAUUCUUGUCCUGAAUGGUUGAAUAUGUAAGAGCAGUUUGGUUAAUUAUGUUAUGUGCUUAGGUUUGAGAUUAAAAAGAAUUUUGAUUUAAUUUGUACCGUGUGGAUGAGCAUUUUCUUCCCGGCAUUGAAUUGGUUAAUUUCAUGCGGUACCCUUUCAUCUUUUCCUU